CUGGAUAAAGUUAAACCGGACGCGCCGACACGGUCGUAAAAACUUGUAUACAACGACGCACUUCCAUGUUUCGUGAAAUAUACGCGCAAAUUCCCUCCUUUCUAUAUAAUUCCUUUUUCUCCCUUCCUUACUUUCUCUAUCUCUCUACAAUUGUUCUUUCUCAAGGUCUCUCCGUCAAAAUUUUCUUCCUUUGAUUUCUGUCGGAAUUGCCGUACCAACCUUUCAGAUUCUUAUUUAACGAACGCAUCACUCUUUCCAUGGAACAAAACUACUCUGUACCUGAGGCAUACUUAGAGUCUGAACAAGAUGUCUCUCUCAAGCAAAACUGGAAAUCUAUCUCAACUGAGUCAACAAUCUCAGAAGACGCAAAUGGUUGCUUCGAUUGCAACAUUUGCUUAGACUCAGCAGCUGACCCUGUUGUCACCCUCUGUGGUCACCUCUACUGCUGGCCGUGCAUUUACAAAUGGCUUCAUGUUCAAAUCUCCAGCAACGAACCUGAGAACACCCAGAACUGCCCUGUUUGUAAGGCUAGCAUUACUCCCUCCUCGUUGGUUCCCCUCUAUGGGCGUGGCACGUCAAACUCAGAUUCUGAAUCCAAGAAAUCUCACUUGGGUAUGGCUGUACCUCGAAGACCACCACCAUCAAUGAACACACCACCCCCUUCCAAUUCAUCCUCGGCAUCGUAUCCUAGCCAGGAGCUUCAUUCAAAUUAUAUCCGCUCACCCUCACACCCGAUCUAUCACCAACAAUAUUUCCCCCAGGCCUACGGCAACUUUGCCUCAUACGCACCAUCUUAUCUUGGUAAUGCCGUGAUAACGAGUCUGCUAAACCCAACGAUUGGGAUGUUUGGAGAAACAGUUUUCACUAGAAUAUUUGGUAGCGUGGAUGGGAACUUAUUGCCCUACCCGCCAUACAACAACUCAAUCUCAGGAAAUGCCAGUACGAGAAUGAGAAGACAGGAAAUGCAGCUUGAUAAAUCUCUUAAUAGAGUUUCCAUCUUUCUAUUUUGCUGCUUUAUUAUAUGUCUUCUGUUAUUUUGAAAUUGGGAAUAGAUGUUAUGUGGAGAAGCAUAUGAUGAUAUACAUACAGAUAAGCAGCUAGAAUUUUGGUAGAUGACUUUACACCGUGAGAAGUCAUCUAAUAUGUACAGAAGGUUAAAGCUAAUGUCACAUAUUGUUUUGUAA